AUGGAUUCCAAUUCCCACAUCAUUGCCUGGGGCUCAGGUGAAGAUGGGCAAUUAGGAAUCGGUACCAACGAAGAUAAGGAAUGGGUUUGUGCCGUCAAAGCUCUCCCUUCUCAACGUCUUCGCUCUGUUGUCGCCGGUAGCAGAAACUCACUCGCCAUUUCUCAUGAUGGCAAGUUGUUUACAUGGGGUUGGAAUCAAAGAGGGACGCUUGGACACCCGGCGGAGACCAAAACUGAAAACAUUCCCAGCCAGGUCAAAGCACUCUCGCAUGUUCAUAUUGUUCAGGCGGCUAUUGGUGGGUGGCAUUGUUUGGCUGUUGAUGAUCACGGAAGAGCUUAUGCUUGGGGUGGAAAUGAAUAUGGGCAAUGCGGUGAAGAACCCGAACGUAAGGAUGACAACGGUAGACCUUUGAGGAGAGAUAUAGUGAUCCCUCAGCCUUGUGCUCCCAAACUUGUUGUUCGACAGGUUGCUGCUGGAGGAACUCAUUCAGUGGUACUUACACGCGAAGGGCAUGUUUGGACAUGGGGUCAGCCGUGGCCUCCCGGUGAUAUUAAACAGAUUUCAGUCCCGGUUCGGGUGCAAGGUCUUGAGAAUAUAAGGCUUAUAGCAGUAGGCGCUUUUCAUAAUUUGGCUCUCCAAGAGGAUGGAACUUUGUGGGCAUGGGGUAAUAAUGAAUAUGGACAACUUGGAACUGGAGAUACACAACCAAGAUCACAACCUAUUCCCGUGCAAGGCCUUGCUGGACUUACUGUGAUAGAUAUUGCAGCUGGUGGAUGGCACUCUACUGCGUUGACAGAUGAAGGAGAGGUUUAUGGCUGGGGAAGGGGAGAACAUGGCAGACUUGGAUUUGGUGAUAGUGAUAAGAGCAGUAAAAUGUUACCUCAGAGGGUUCAACUUUUAGCCGGCCAAGAUAUUGUUCAGGUGUCUUGUGGAGGUACUCAUUCAGUUGCACUAUCCCGAGAUGGGCGCAUAUUUUCUUUUGGUAGAGGUGAUCAUGGGCGUCUUGGAUAUGGGAGGAAAGUCACUACUGGUCAACCGGUGGAGGUGCCUAUAGACAUCCCUCCUCCACAGAAUCUCAGUGACGGUGAAGCCGAGGGAACUUGGAUAGCCAAAAUCGUUGCGUGUGGCGGUCGCCAUACUUUGGCAAUAGUAGAAUGGAAAGAAGAUGAAUCUAAAGAUUGA